GAUAGUUUUGGGAGACUGCAUGAGAAGGGGAAGGCGGUUCCCAAGGAAACAAAGCUGACAAAACUUUUCCCCAAUAAAGUAACCAUUCACAUGCCACAGGAUGAGGGACUUCUUGUGAGCUGGAAGCAUCAAUUGGAUAGAGAUGCUGAGACUCUUAAAAUGAAGGGAAAUCUGAAUCAGCUGUGUACGGUCCUGAAUCGGAUUGGGUUGGAAUGUGAUGGAUUUGAGACAUUGUCCAUCAAGAACCAAACACUUACAAAUGAAAGUGCAGCGAAGGCAAUUGGGUGGGCUUUGAGCCACCAUUUAAUGCAGAACCCCAAAGCUGAUGCUGAUGGAAGGCUUGUUUUGUCUAGUGAGAGCAUCCAGUAUGGGAUUGGAAUUUUACAGGCUAUCCAGAAUGAAUCCAAGAGCUUGAAGAAGUCGCUAAAGGCUGUGGCCACUGAAAAUGAAUUUGAGAAAAGGCUUUUAGCUGAUGUUAUUCCACCCAGUGACAUUGGACUGACUUUUGAUGAUAUCGGAGCUCUUGAAAAUGUCAAGGACACACUAAAGGAGUUGGUGAUGCUCCCUUUACAGAGGCCUGAGCUUUUUUGCAAGGGUCAAUUAACAAAGCCAUGCAAGGGUAUUCUUUUAUUUGGGCCCCCUGGAACUGGAAAGACAAUGCUUGCAAAGGCUGUGGCCACUGAAGCUGGUGCAAACUUCAUCAAUAUUUCUAUGUCAAGCAUCACAUCUAAGUGGUUUGGCGAGGGUGAAAAAUAUGUGAAAGCUGUCUUCUCACUAGCUAGUAAAAUUGCCCCUAGUGUUGUAUUUGUUGACGAAGUUGAUAGCAUGUUGGGCCUGAGCGAAAAUCCAGGGGAACAUGAGGCCAUGCGUAAGAUGAAAAAUGAAUUUAUGAUGAACUGGGAUGGCUUGCGAACAAAAGAUACAGAACGAGUUCUGGUACUUGCAGCUACAAACAGGCCAUUUGAUCUUGAUGAGGCUGUUAUCCGAAGGCUGCCGCGUAGAUUGAUGGUCAACCUGCCGGAUGCUCCAAAUAGAGGAAAGAUAUUGAAAGUGAUCCUAGCCAAAGAGGAUUUGUCUCCCAAUGUUGAUUGGGAUUCAAUUGCAAGUAUGACAGGGGGAUAUUCUGGAAGUGACCUUAAGAACCUAUGUGUAACCGCUGCCCAUUGCCCAAUUAGAGAGAUUUUGGAAAAGGAAAAGAAGGAGCGAGCUGCAGCACUAUCCGAAGGUAAACCCGCUCCAGCAUUGAGUGGCAGUGCUGAUAUCCGUCCUUUAAACAUGGACGACUUCAAACAUGCUCACGAACAGGUUUGUGCAAGCGUUUCAUCUGAAUCUAUAAACAUGACGGAGCUCUUACAGUGGAAUGAACUCUACGGCAAAGGGGGUUCUAGAAGGAAGAAGGGUCUCAGUUACUUCAUGUGAAGGCUUGUCAUCUCUGUACAAAUGGUUCUUUCUCUUCCUCAACUCUCUGUACUUUAUUUUCUCCUCUCUCCUAUAGGCCAAGCUUAGUCACUGCUCUCUCAGAGCUGAUGUGAAGCCAUUUUGUCUUUAAAAUUAGGUUAAUUAAGCUACAUUUUUAUAUCGUUUACUUACAAGAUAGUUGGUAUGAAGGUUGUAUAGCCUUGCAAAUUUUGGCAUCGCUUAGUUUUUGUUUGGUCCCUCCCAUCUCCUUGUUCUCGAUGUGAAGAGAACCACUGCUCUAUUCUAGUGAAGAAAAAAAUAAUAAUAAAAUAAACAAAUAAAAAUCUAUAGUUUGUACA